AUGGCGGGGAGAAGCUCCGAGCGUGGGGGCGGAGGAGUGAGAGCCGCCGGGCUUGCUGGCCGCUCGGGGGCCCACGAGGGUCGGGUACAACUGCCAACGUCCCGAACUUCCCCUCCGCGAGCAUCGCAGGGGCUCGGCAAGAGCGCCCCGAAGGCGCCGGGCGGCGGCAUGAAAAUGGUGAUCGGGCAACUGGAAGGCAUCUUGCAGGAGCUCAAGGAGGUGGCCAAGGAGCUGCGGGAGGUGGUGAGCCAGAUUGACCGGCUGACAUCGGACUUCGACUUCGAGCUGGAGCCCGACGACUGGACCACGGCAACGGCCAGCAGCACCUCGAGCAGUGACAAGGGCAUGGGCGGCGGCGAGCUGGGCCCGCUCGACCUGCUCGCCUCCGACAUCCUUUCCGACAGCUGGGAGUUCUGCUCCUUCCUGGAGGCCUCCACACCAUCGGACUCGGGCGAGGGCGAGCCCCGCCGGGCCCCGGCCGCCCUGCGGCGCCGGCCACACACCCGCAGCAGCGGCACGCAGACCGUGGCCGACAAGAGCACCCAGACGGCGCUGCCUUAUGUCCCGGCCAAGCAGAGAGUCAAGAGCAAGAACUGA